GCCCAUUCUCACCGUUGUUGAAAGUGUCGACCGCGCCGCAGAGUCCAGACCAUCCAUCUCCGUUAUUCUUUUAUCAUUCUAAUUGUCGUCCACCAUGGCCUCUUUGGCGAAGCUAACCUCUAUAUCUACGCAAACACUGUCACUUCUGCUGGAACGCCAACGACUACAGACCCUUUCCUCAGGCCCGAGUUCAAACUCACUACAUCUGCCCAAGAUCACACGAAACCUGAACCAGCUGCGUUCAGGCGUUCUUGAGCUAGAAGCGAAGGAGGGCAGCUCUGAAGCUGUACGAUUACUGAAAAGCCAAUAUGAGCGGAUGCGAGGAAUGCUGGGCCCCGAUGCUGACGCUGCUGGUAUGCAUAGCUUGGACUUGAAGAAACCUACGGUGGAAAGCCCAAGUCCUACACCUAUACCUUCAUCUUCGUCUUCACCGCGAGCCUCAGUAACACCUCCACCUCGUGAACCUACGUUGAAACCAGUAGAAGGGCAGUUUGCGCCUUAUACCGAUGACCCAGAAGCGGGGUAUACUUCCCAUGAGGAAGUACUACAGACACAACGGGAAAUUAUAGAUGAACAAGAUGUUCAUCUCGACAACCUCUCUUAUUCCAUCAAUCGCCAACGAGACAUCUCGUUACAAAUAAACGGCGAGCUGGAAGAGCAUACGGGUCUUCUAGAAGAGCUCGACGUUGAAAUGGACAGGACCGGUAGCCGAAUGAGUGGGGCACGACGGCAUCUCAACAAGGUUGCGAAAGGUGCCAAGGAGAAUGGCUCAACCGUGAUGAUUGGCCUCCUUAUUCUCGUACUACUUAUCCUCAUCAUCAUAUUCAAGACAUGACUACACGCUCCUGUCAUUAUACCCGUUUCUUUGAUUCAUCUGGCUUGCACUGCAAUACCAUGCAUACCCAUUGACCCGGCGUAUUCAUUGACAGGCUCGGUUGACCUGAGAGGUUCUCAUUCCGUUCUUCCUGUCAUCGUAUAGCACUUGUACUAUGGGCGGCUAUUAUGACACUCACCGCAUGUACUAUGUGGUGCAUGCUUG